AUGUACUCAAAAUGUGGGUGUACAAAUUUAGCAUUAUCAGUUUUUGAAACAAUUUCUUUCAAAGAUACAGGAGCAUGGAACGCGAUAAUUUCUGGAAUGGCCAUGAAUGGUGAAGCAAGAACUUCUUUAAAACUUUUAGAUCAAAUGGUGUCAAUCGGGAUCCAACCAAGUGGGCCCACGUUUGUGGCUAUACUUUCCGGUUGUGCACAUGUGAAAAUGGUGAAAGAAGGGGUUGACUUGUUUGACCGAAUGGAAAAAGUUUAUAAAGUUGAGAGAAAAUUUGAGCAUUACGCUUGUGUGGUUGAUUUGUAUGCAAGAGCCGGGAUGUUGAAGGAAGCAAUGGAGUUUAUUGAGGUGAAAUUAGGGGGUGUUGGUGGAAGAGAUGUGAAUGUGUGGGGGGCGUUGCUUGGUGCUUGUAGGAGUUAUGGGAAUGUGAUGGUUGGGAAUGGAGUAUGGCGGAGGAUGAUGGAGAUGGGAAUCGGAACGAGUGAUUACGGGGUUUGUGUUGUUUGUUAUAAGAUGUAUGUGGAAGCGGGGUGGAAACGGGAGGCGGAAGAGGUCCGGAAUCGGAUUAGGGAGAUGGGAAUGAGAAAACUCCGGGGUGUAGUGUGGUGGAGGUUAAUGGUGUUGUUGAGGAGUUUGUUUCCGGUGGUGUUUGUCAUCGUAAGGGAUUGGAAAUAA